AGUUGAUUCUUGUUUUCUUCUCAACUUGCUUCGUCGGCAAAAUUGAGUGCUGCACUUCGUGCGACCCCGGGUUACUGUGUGUUUUUAUUUAAUGAUGAUUAAUCAAAUAAAAAAUCUAACUGCAAUAUGAUGGAAUAUAAAUAAUAAAGAUAUAUCAAAUGAAACUGGAGAACAAAAAACAACAAUAAAAAUGGAUGUGGAUAAUGACAAUUUUUACGAUGAAAUAGCAUCGUUUAUGCCGCAGCCAGGCGAUUAUAGCCUGGAUGAUUUGGAUGAAAUAAUACGUUCAACGGAUUCCCAUUUGGAUGCCUCAUUUGAUUUGAAUGCCUUCCCCAAAACAUUAGGAAAUCAAGAUGAUGAUGGUGACUGCGCCAUGGUGGGAGGAGAGACCACAAACAGCACGGCUGACUUGUUGGCCAUGAAUAUGCUGCCGCCUCAGCAACAACCACCACCUCAGCUGAUGACGUCUAGCGAAAAUCCUCUUCCUGAUUUUCAUUUUGAUUUUCCCGCCUUUCCUUCGCCUGCCACUUCCCAACAAUCAUCUGGUGAUUAUGUUUCACCUUUUGAUACUCCGCUUCGCACCUCCUCCACAUCAUCGGUGGAUGGUGAUUGUUUCAAUCCGGAUGAUUUUAUUAAUUUCCUUAACGAUGAUGAUGCCAAGUUUGAGGAUUUAACACCUGAUACAAUACGGAAACUGAAUCAACACAAUGAACGUAACACCCCCUCGCCGACGGGCAGUUGUACAAGUUCCAGUGGUAGUUCCACAACCAGUGGUGUCCACAGUGAUUCCUCAUCGCUGUUUUCUGUGCCGCGCAAUGGUUCCGAACAUUUGGCAACAUCACCAGAACAUGAACAACAUGAAGAUGAUCUAUCGGAAUUUAUACGUUUUAAAAAUGAAAAAUCGGAAAAUUCGAAUGGUGGUUUUGAUGAGGCAGUGGACGAGGAAAUGAAUAAAGAUGAUGAGACAACAUUUGUUGCUCCACCACCCAUUGCUGCUGCUCCUGGUACGCCGGCAUUGCAAACAAAUCCCACACUCAUACCAGUUACAACAUUGCCCGUGGUACCAGUGGCCACGCUGCAACCUGUGAAUAUUGUACCCGGUACAAUAAUACCCGUGCAGACUGCUUUGCCAGUAAAUAAGCUGACACCAGUGGUGAAUAUAAAAACUCCCGUCAAGCCAGUUGUUGCUCUGCAACAGCCAAUUCCACAGUCUCAGGCAAUAAAAGUAGUUACCUCUAACACCACCACCACUACCACCCCUCCAACGGCAAAUGCAAAUACCGCAAAAGUUACGGCGCCUCCUAAUCCCAAACCCAAAACCAUUUUCCUUUCCUCGAAUGAUUUUAAAGCCCUUAUGCAAAAAGUCAAUACCACAAAUGGUGGUGCCAGCACCAAUGGUGUGGUGGCCAAGAAAUCGGCAACAACUCCCAAAAUUAUAAUGAAAACGGCCAGUGGUAAAUUCAUAACAGCCAAUAAACUUGGUCAGGCUACCACAGCAGCUGUGUCAUCUGCCAAACCUGUAACCGGCGUUCCCAACACAAUCUCCUCCUUACAAAAUGGACAAAAAUUGGUAAAAGGGGUGAAUCAAAAUCCCAUGGUAGUAAAACAUCAACAACAGCAAUCAUCAAAAUUGGCCAACAAUUCGAAUGCUGCUCGUUCAGCUGCAGCAAUGGCUGCCGCUCGCGCCACUCUGUCUUCGCUCACCUCCAAGAGUGGUUCGCGCAACGAUUUAAAUUCUCUGCGCGACUACAGCAAUGGCGAUGAUAAAAUCCUCAAGAAACAAUUGCGUAUGUUGAAAAAUCGUGAAUCGGCCUCAUUGUCGCGCAAAAAGAAAAAGGAGUACGUUGAACGUUUGGAGAAUCGCAUACACAAUCUGGAAAAGGAGAACUACUCGUUGAAGGGGGAAAAUACAUCAUUGCGUUCCCAGCUUAUGGCCUUUGCUCAAUCCUGCAAUUGUAAAAAUCGUAAUGUCAGCGAAUUCAUAUUGAAAACCCUGAACAUCAAUGAACGCCGUCAAUUGAUGGAGGGCAGUGGAGCAAAAACAGUAUUAAACGCAUUGGACACCACCUCAUUCUUGUUACACUCCUGCGAUGAUACAAUGGACCAUCAGAGCGAACAUGGAGAUGUUAUGGCCAACAACAAAGCAGCAACAUCAUCCACCAGACAACAUGUUAGAAUUGCUCCAAAACCCUUAAAUGGUGGCACAUCAUCAGCAUCUUUCAAAGGUUUCAAACAUCGCAUGAAUGCCGCAACGGUCAAGAAGAAUGUGGCGGUACUCUUUGCCAUGGCCUUUAUGGUCACCCUCAAUGUGGGCAACUUUCAAAAUUAUUUAAAUAGAUCAACGGCCUUGGAAAAUGCCAUGGAAGUUAGUGCUGCUGCUGCAGCCAAUGCCAAUGACGGCGAAACACCGCUGGUUGCCCCAACGGGCAGGCGUUUGCUCUGGGUACCCAAUGAACAUGAAUUUAUGGAACAAAACAAUCGCACCAAACGUGAGGCUGACUUUGCCAAUAUGCCUCCACCGCCGCUGCACUUUUUGCGGCCGGUAAAUCGUACGGGUCGAUUGAAUGGAACGACAACAAAGGAUGAACCACCCAUAAAAGGUGUUGAAUUUGGACCGACGGCUGCUUAUGGAAAUACGACAAACUGUGCCCAGGAAAACAUGCGUUUGGCUAGGAAUCUACACAAAUGGAUAGGAGACAAUGGCUACUUGAAUAUGACCGGUGCAACUAUGGACAACCACAUAAAUGGACAAUUUGAUUAUGGCUCUGAAAAGGACUACGAUGAUAUGGACUAUGAGAUUGGUGUAAAACAGAAACGACGAAAAAUAUAUUUGAACGGAGAUGAACAAAUGACAGUGACUGCGAAACAGAAAAAAUACGACAUGGGAACGGAUGGUAAUUCAUUGGAUAUUUUCAAGCCGCGCAUCAGCGAAGAAUAUCUGAAACUUUUUAAGGGCAUCAAACGUCAAGAUGAUACAUUCUAUGUGCUGUCGUUUAACAUGGAUCAUUUGCUAUUGCCAGCCUAUUCGUAUAACAAAAGUGCCAGGCCCAAAAUGGCAUUAAUGCUACCAGCCGGUGAUCCUUCGCUGAAUGGUGACAUUGUGCUAAUGCAAAUCGAUUGUGAGGUUAUGAAUACAACCGAAUUGAAAAUAAAAUCUCACAUGAUACCCGAAAAGCUGAGGCCAGUAAAAUAUGGACCCAAUGUACGUGUGCAUCCCAAUGAUGUGGCCAAUAAUGAGACAAAAAAUAAUGAUGCAAAGGCUCCAGUUAAACCGGGUGCAGAAAUUCACUUGAAAAGAGAAGAUGACGACAAGGUGGUUAUCAUAGAUAAACCUACUUCUCCGGCAGCCAAGGUGUAUCCGGUGGUUGGGCCCAAAGUCCAGGGAAAUGUUAAGCUAGCCGUUGUCGAUACAGUGCCCACUGCAACGGUAAAAAGGAGACCACUUAAAUUCAAUGCCAAUGAUAGUGUCAUCGGUAGUGGUGUCUUAAAUGUUCGUAAUUCAACACUGUUUACACGCAUGAAGGAAACCGUUGGUGCUUCUGCAAAUGGUUUUGUGGCCCAAGCAGCACCAGAGGUUAGAAAAUUGAUUUAGAAAGAUAUACAUGGACAUCAGCGUAACUUAAACCACUGGAGUAAUAUGUCACGUGGUCUUGGUUUUCUUUCAUUUUUUUAACAGAAAUUUUGAAUAUAUUUCAAGUUUUUAUUUAAAUUAAUGUAUCCAAUAGAUCUCAUCAAACGUUCUAACGCUUUGUUUCAAAAAGUUUCCACUUACAUAUGUCCGUAUAACAGCAAAAGAAUGGGGGAUAAACCAAGACACGUGACAACAAUUCAAUUACAUAAAUUUUCUUUAUUAGAAUUCAGUUUAGAUUGGAAUUUUAAAUGCCAUUUUCAUUGGUAGUUCAAAGAAAAUUUUUGGGAAAAACUAAAUUACUUUUGAUUUUUGAAUAUUUGAUUUAUGUGAUUAUUUCUCAAAUGUUAAGACGAGAAUACAUAAAACUUGAUUUAGUUGUAUUUUUUUCCUUCAUAAAACCACAGCUUCCUUUUUUUAUUGAGCUUUAGCUCUCCAGCUUUAACUAAUCUUUACUUAAAUUAAUUAGUUUUAAAUUGUAAAUUAAUUCAAUUUGAUUUUCUUUGAAUUACAAAUGAAACGAAAAAAUGGCCUUGUAAACUAUUUUCUUUAUAUAUUUUUUAUUACAGAUAUUUACCAUCUAAGGUGACUAUUUUGGCUCAACAUUAAAACAUAUUAAAUAUAAUUUAUAUGGCAAAACAUAAACAUAUAAAUUUUU